UGUGAGCUGCCUCCCACGCAGGGAUAAACCUUUCAUGAUGGCCUCUCAGGGAACUCCAAAGGACUCUUUCCAUUGCGUGGCAAUCAUUUUCUUCCUUCUCGGCCUGGGAACUCUCCUUCCCUGGAACUUCUUCAUCACUGCUAUUCCGUAUUUCCAGUCUCGGCUUAUCACUGGGAACUGCUCUGCUUGUGAGGAGAAUGAGAACACAACCAUUGCGAACAGAACCAUCCUUGGCCUUGAACCCCCACCUCCGUGCACAGAUGACUUCAACUUCAGCAACUGGCUGACUCUGCUUUCCCAGCUGCCUUUACUCCUCUUCACCCUCCUCAACUCCCUCCUCUACCAAUGCAUUCCAGACAAAGUGCGCAUUCUAGGCAGCCUCUUGGGGAUCCUGUUCCUCUUCUCACUGACAGCUACCCUUGUCAAGGUGGAGAUGCUGCCCCAGAGCUUUUUCUCCAUUACCAUGGCGAGUGUCUGGUUCAUUAACUCCUUCUGCGCCAUCCUGCAAGGCAGCCUCUUUGGGCAGUUGGGCUCCUUCCCACAGCAGUUCAGCACCCUCUUCCUGAGCGGCCAGGGCAUGGCAGGAACGUUUGCCGCCAUCGCCAUGGUGCUGUCCAUGGCCAGUGGUGUUGAUGCUCAGACUUCUGCUUUGAGCUAUUUCAUCACUCCCUGCUUUGGGACGCUUAUCUCGAUCAUCUGUUACCUCGUGCUCCCCCACAAGGACUUUGCCCGUCACUACCUGAAGAAGAGAUACCAGGAAGAUCCAGGUUACGAACUGGAGACCAAGGCUGGGCUUCUCCCCCCAGAGGAGGGCACCACUGCUGUGCCACAGAGCUCCCAAGAAGAACCAUUACACGUGAGCAACGGAAAGAUCUCGGCUCCGGAACAGGUAGAAGUCAAGUGUUCCUCUGAAGUGAUGAACGGGACAAAUGGGGCAGGCCUGGCCACACCCACGCCAUCGGUGAUUGGUGUGCUCCAGAAGAUCUGGCAGCUGGCCCUGUGUAUUGUCUUGGUCUUCUCUGUCACCCUGUCCGUGUUUCCUGCCAUUACUUCCAGUGUGACCAGCGUGUCUGACAACAAAACCUGGAGGAAAUUCUUCACUCCGAUUUGCUGCUUCCUUCUGUUCAAUGUCAUGGACUGGCUCGGCCGUAGUGCCACCACGUAUUUCCUCUGGCCUGAGAAGAACCUGCCUGUGCUUCCCGUGGUGGUAGGCCUCCGUCUGCUGCUCAUCCCACUGCUCCUGUUGUGCAACAUCCCUCAACGCUCCUACCUGCCUGUGCUUUUCCACCACGAUACCUGGUUCAUCCUCUUCAUGGUGGUUUUCUCGCUUUCCAAUGGCUAUUUCGUCUCCCUCACCAUGUGCCUGGCACCAAAACAGGUACAGCCCCAUGAGAGUGAGUUGGCGGGUGCUAUCAUGACCUUCUUCUUGGCCUUGGGGCUCUCCUGUGGGGCUGGGCUCUCCUUCGUCCUGAAAUUCUUGCUUUGAAGGGUGCCAUCCAUUCUGUCACAACUUGGACAUUUCUUCAUUUUGAAGUCUCGAGGAGAGGCUGGUAGCUCCAUUUACAUUCUCCAGUCUUUGCUCCAGGUCCCCUCUUUAUGGCAGCUAAUGUUUUCCUAGAGG